AGAAAAAGGGGGAAAUUGCAUAUUAUAUGUACAACGAAAGAGAGAUUGCUGUAAGGAAGUCUAAGGAAAAAAGAGAGAAAUAAGAAGCUUAGAAGCAUGGCUGCUUCUUCCUCUUCUUCGUCUUCUUGUUCUUCAAUACUUUCUCUGUCAUCGAGAGCUUCAUCAUCAUCACCUCCUCCUCCCCCACCUUCUCAUCAGUCUCCUGUAUUCACUCCUAUUCGAGAAAACGACGACGAAGAAGAAGAUGAAGAGCAUAACCACAAAAGUGGAACCCCAAUUUCCUGUACCACGGAGCAGAGCAUGACCUCAAAGCACCAGCCCACACCUCUUCACCAUUUCAUGAAGGAUAUUAACAACGGCGCUAAACCCUCAGCCCGGAAGACACCGAAAACCGACCACGACGACCGCACGGUAUCCUGUAACAAGUGUCGACCCACCUCCCGCGACCGCGAGAAGAUCUCGGUGGUUCCUAUCGACCUCAAUAGCUCCAACAAGCAUCCAAAAGCUAGCCCCAGUGGCAUCUUCAGGACAAUCUUGUCCUCCUUAACGAAGAAGAGUCCCAGGUCAUCAUCAGAGACAUCGUCGACAUCUGCCAAGGAGGAGCAAUGGAAGCUCCACGUUGCAGACCUCUCGCAAAAGCUAGUUGAAGCGAACGGGAAGAGAGACGAAGCUCUCCAAGAAGCUUCUCGACUCAGGCACUCCAUGGCCGAGUUAGAGAAGAAGCUCAACAAGCUUGAGAUCUACUGUCACGAUCUCAAGUCCGGUCUCGAGGUAUACAGCAGAUCACCACUUCAAACGACAAAAUAUCUCAACCCCAAAAUGGCGAUGAGCACAGCCAAUGGGCAGGAACGCCAAGACUCGCUUAUUGAAUCGUUUCUCAGCUCCAUCUCUGAAGCUCGGUUUUCUGUCCGGAUUUUGAGCCGGUCACUCACCCUCCAGCUCCGUCAGAUGGAUAGUAAAGUGUAUGAGCGUAUAUCUGAACUUCUCCAGCCUUACGAUGUAAAGAUCUCAUUUUCCAAGAACCCGAGAAGUCUCUUGUUCUACUUGGAAGCACUCUUGAACCGAGCCUUCUACGAAGACUUCGAAUCAAUGGGGUUUCAGAAAAGCGGGUCCGAGCGUAUCCUGAACCCAAUACAGAGAUGCGAAGCGAAUUAUGCUUCUUUCACUCAUCUAAGAGGGCUCACUUGGGAGGAGGUGUUGAAUAAAGGAACGAGACACUUCAGUGAGGAGUUCAGCGGGUUCUGUGACCGGAAAAUGAGCGAGAUCGUGGCGAUGUUGGAGUGGAAGCGAGCAUGGCCGAAGCCGCUGUUGCAAGCGUUCUUCGGAGCGGCGAAGAACGUUUGGUUGGUGCACCUGUUGGCUUGUUCGGUGCACCCAAGCUUGCCCAUAUAUAGGGUAGAUAAGGAGGUGAUGUUUGACGAGGUGUACAUGGAAGAUAUGGGUGCAGAGAAGGUUCAGAAAUUGGUUCCAGCCGUGGUUGGGAUUAUGGUGGCACCGGGGUUCUACGUUUAUGAUAACGUGGUCAAGUGUAAAGUUCUGUGCAGGUAUGUACAGUAGCAGCUUUAAUCAGGGUUAAUCACACCCUAAAUUAAUUAAUACUGUAAAUUAAGAGAAGGGUUUUGAGGGUCUGUUUGUUUGUCAAUAAUACCAAAGACCGUUUCGGAAAAAGAUCGGCGUUUUCUACUUUUCACCUUACUUUAGUACCUGUAUGGCUGUAUCCAACUCUCUAUAUGGCCCAUGCAUGAUCUUGUGUUUUGUCUA